AUGCUGCAGAAGGUCGCUAACUACACCGAACUGUUGAAGGAACAAUGCAGAGGAGCUUACAAGGACGCCAAGAUCAUCCUUAGCAAACUCACAGCUGCCGCCAAGAUUGCCAUUGAAAGUACUCUUCAACAAUUACAGGCCAUUAGAGAGAACAUCUAUAAAUCUAUGUUUGACAACUUUUUCAAGGGAAUUUUCGGAAAGCGGGCGACUAGAGACCUCUGGGAUAAAUUUGUGGACAGCUUGCAGUCAGUAUUUGCGAAGUUCAAGGGUAAAUUCGAUGACCUUGCUGACUUCGUCAAGGAAAAAUAUGGGGCUGGAGUGGAGGAAGCCAGAGGACACUUGGAGAACAUCAAACUGAUGACAAAGACCGUUCUUGACAAUGCUCAAGAAGCUGGAGAAGCCAAGUUGAAGGAGCUGAAGGAGGUGGUUGAACCCUACAAGUCUGAUCUGGGCGAUUUGUGGACCCAGCUGAAUACUGCUAUUAAGAAGAUAGGAUAAUAAGUAAAAACCAACAAGGGCAUUCCUGAAUUUUAGCUGUUUUUUAACAUCUUGAUGAGCAUUAUGCAUUUAACAUUGA